AUGAUUCUCGACGAUAAUGAAAACGAUGAGAACGAUGACAGCGAUAACGACAAGGACGACGACAAAGACAAGAGCGGCUGUGAAGACAAGGACGACGACGACGACGACGACGGCGACGACGGCGACGACAGGGACGACAGGGACGACAGGGACGACAGGGACGACAGGGACGACAGGGACGACAGGGACGACAGCAAGAGGGGCAACAACAAGAAUAAUAGCGAAGUAAAGGCAAGAUGGGCCAUCAAGUUACAAAGAGUAUACAACCACUAUUUGAAGAAGAAUGAAAUCAGAUGA